AUGAAACAAGAAGAUUAUCUUAACAAUAACGUUUACCACAUUAUACGUCAAAUAUACAGCUCAAACCAAUUGCUGCACGAUGUUCAAAUUUCCCGAAUUUACCCUGACUCGAAGACGUUCGUAGACAAAAAGCUCCGGUACAGUGAAUCAGAAAUUUUGGAUAAGUAUUAUAAAUUUAAGCAGGCGAACAAAAACCUCGUACCGACUUCUUCAGCUUUGAGACAGUUUAUCGACGAAAAUUUCGAGGACGGUAACGAAUUGGAAGAAUGGACUCCAACAGAUUUCACAGUGACACCGUCUAUUGUCAAUAAAAUUAGGGAUCAGGAUUACAAGCAAUGGGCGUAUUCGCUUAACUCCAUUUGGAAGACCCUGGCAAGAAAAACCAAAAUCGACGUGAAGACCCACCCGGAUAAUUAUUCAUUGAUUUGGAUGCCAAACGGUUUCGUCAUACCCGGUGGUAGGUUUAGGGAACUCUACUACUGGGACACCUAUUGGAUUGUUAAAGGACUGCUAUUGUGUGACAUGAGAAAUACUGCUCGAGGCAUCAUAGACAACGUGAUAUCGAUGGUGAACAGAUUCGGUUUUGUACCCAACGGAUCGAGAAUUUACUAUUUGAAUAGAACGCAACCGCCUAUGCUCAUAUUGAUGGUACUGGCCUAUUAUCAAGCAACAAACGAUUUUGAUUACGUUAAGUCCGUUUUGACCGAUUUAGGUAGUGAACUGAAUUUCUGGCUGAAAAACAGAAUGUUUAGCUUCCAAAAGGACGGCAAAACUUACAAGAUGGCUAGGUACAACGCUCUUUCUAAAGGACCGCGACCAGAAUCAUACAGAGAGGACUACGAGUUGGCGCAGACGUUCUGCACGAAAGAGGAAAAGGCCGUUUUUUAUGGAAACAUAGUGUCUACCGCAGAGUCGGGUUGGGACUUUUCGAGUAGGUGGUUCAUAAUGUCAAACGGAUCCAACUGCGGUGAUUUGGUAAACAAUUCUACGUCGAAGAUCAUCCCGGUCGAUUUGAACAGCAUUUUGCACGCAAACGCGUCCACGUUGAGCGUAUGGUACAACAGGGUGGGCCACAUCGACGUGGCGGGAAAGUACGGCGCGGUGGCAUGCGAACUCCUGAAAUGCAUAAACGAAGUGCUAUGGAGACCGGACCGAGGGGCUUGGUUCGAUUGGGACACGGCAAACCACAAACAUCGUGAAUAUUUUUACGUGUCCAACAUCGUGCCUUUGUGGACGGAAAGCUACAGCGCACCCAAGGACACAAUAGCCAAUGUGGUAUUGGGGUAUUUGAAAGACCAAAAUGUCAUCGAAUCCAAUUACGGUAUCAAGUAUAACGGAACGCCUACGUCCAUGUACUCGUCGACACAACAGUGGGACUACCCAAACGCUUGGCCUCCACUGCAGGCUUUUGUCGUCCAAGGAUUGGAUCGGACACGACAGAAAUUGGCUCAACGAGUAGCCGCGACAAUGGCAGAAGUCUGGUUGCGCAGCAAUUACAAAGGAUUUACCGAAAAAUCGUUUAUGUAUGAAAAGUACGACGUAUUGGCGUCGGGAGAAACCGGCGGAGGGGGCGAGUACAUUCCACAAACGGGCUUUGGUUGGACGAACGGUGUAGUUUUGGAGUUUUUGGAUCGAUGGGGCGACGUGGCUUCUUACAAAUCGGACGACACGUGUAUAAAGAAGACAUAGACACAAUUAAAGAAAUUAGUAUGCUGUCGGCGAGCAGGAGAUAAAUAAAGUACACGCAUUAAAAAUUAAUGGUAUACCUAAUAUUCCACGACUCAAUUUUAGAUUAAAUUACUAAAGAGAUAACUAAGAUAUUGUUGUAAAUAGUUACGUAGUUAAUUUAUUUUGUUUUGAUUCUUAAAGGAAGUUACAUUUAAAUACUUCCACGAGCAAGUCUUACUUAAGUUCG